CAUGCACUCACCUGCUUGACCUCCUGUUAACUAGGGUGCGGCGUUCAAGUUUCAGAAUGAACGGUGAACGGUGGACCCUGGUUAAUGUUGACAACCAACAACAUUAUUUGCCUCCACCUCGCUCCUCGUCACCACAAUUAUUGCCAACGGGGGUACGAGUUGCCCGACGGGCACAUAGGAAUCGCUACUGGGGCCACCUCCAGUAGCCGCAGGGAUCGUCACGACGCUGAUGAACUUGAACGAGCAAUCGCAAGAAGACGUUGGGUGCACGAAAGCCAUCUUUAUGCAAAGCAUGUCGCGUCUAACUCAUUCACCCGGUAUCGUCCUUGUCCCAGUUUGUGGCAUCUCCAGAUAUGAUAUGUCGAGCCAUCAUGUUUCUCCGUCGUGUUGAACUGCACGUCUGGCGAACUUUGAUAUUGAGCUCCUCACGACCAUUUAUCUCAUGAAAUCAAUAGGCAUACGAGCUGAAUCUGCCGUCAAACUUCUCUCCGAGUUCCUAGACCUACUG